AUUUUGCUCUUCGCGGUCGACUUCCACAUAACCUCGCAGUGGCCGCAGCACUUUCAAGAUGCGAAGGUCUACGAGGAUUGCGUCACGCGGCGCCAGCAAGCCGCCUUCGACUCAGGCCGACGCAGGCGGCGACGGUAAUGCGGACGACGUCAGCGACGCGUCGAUAGACGAGCCGUCCGACGACGAGGUCAGGAUGCCUGCGCGCAAGAGUCGCAAGACCGGCGCCAAGAAGGGCUCCUCAAGCAAGCCGCCCUCCUCGAGGCCUCGGAAGCGUGGUCGGCUCGCUGCGCUGCAGGACAUACCGAUGGACAUCCUGUGGGAGAUACUCGGACAUCUGCAUCCUGCUGACCUCCUCCAUGUCGCGCGUACGACCAAACUCUACAGAAGUGUGCUCAUGAGCCGCUCGGCGAUCGGCCUGUGGAAGGACAGCUACGCCAGCGCGGCAGACGAGUUACCACCAUUGCCGGAGGAUAUGACCAUCCCCCAAUUCGUCAGCCUCUGCUUUGACAGGAUCUGCUAUUACUGCCUUGCGCCCAGCGUCACCAACAUCCUCUGGACGGCUCGCAGACGCGUAUGCAAGAAGUGCGCCUCGAACUUCGAUAUCUUCCCGACCUACCCUGUGCUUGCAAGCACGAUCUCUGAAGAACUUCGUCGCGAGCUUGACUAUGGCUAUCGCCUUCCGCGCUAUUUGCCACAAACCGCUGCCGGCGCAUUUCUUCGGGACAUGGUGCAGCAGUUCAAUACGGAGUUUCUGGCGCAGGAACCAGAACGACGGAGUACGUGGCUGCAGGAGAGGCAGGAACAGUUUUCGAAGAUCGAAGCACACGCUCGACUCUGCCAGAGCUGGGACAGUGACCGCCGGCGACAUAGAACCGGGGAGCUAUCUGACAUUCGCGCGAAGCGUAGAGAAGAUAUCAGAAAGCGCCUGACAGAGCUUGGAUGGGGUCAGGAGAUCAGUAAGCAGCCGAGACUGUUCAAUAACCACAAGUUGGUGGCAAAAAGCCAGAAGCUGACGGACAAGAUUUGGGCUAACAUUCAGCAACCGCUGGUACAAUACUUGGAAGAGCUGCGGGCGGCGCGCCUCGCGCGGGAGGAGGAAUUGGCGAUUAUGAGGCGCUGCCGGCUUCUCGCGGAUACGUAUCGCAAGUUCUGCGCGCGUAAGCCGCGCGACGCUGUCCUCCCGCCGGUCGGCGACAUUAUCAGUGUGGACGCGGUCAUUGGUGUCAUCGAGGACACCCCGUUCGACCAGGACGUGACCGAGGACACCUUCAUGGCCGCCAUCGACUCCAUUCCGCAGAGCUACUUCGACGAGUGGCGCGUGAAGUGCGAUGACGCUUUGGUUGCUCUGCUCAACACCGCGCCGCAAUAUAAGAAGAAGCGGGCCAAAGCAGCCGACCUCAGACUCGCGACGACGAUGUUUCGCAGGGAGAAAAACGGCUAUCAGGGCUCCACGGUCGGCUACCCAGAUAUCCUGGUCUCGUAUGUGACGACGAGCACCAUGUUGCCUCUGGAGGGACACUUUCUGCUCUUAGGCUCCCAUCCUUGGUCCGCGAAACACUUGGUUGUGGCACGCAACGGGACUGCGCACCAGCUGGUCGAGCUGGCUGGGCUCAACCCCCGGACGGCGACGUGCGAGGACAUGGACGAACGUGAUCCAUGGUAUAUACCCGCGAGCGCUUCGGAGUUCACCUAUUCGGUGCGAGCGAUGCCGUGGCGUGCUGCGCGCGCUUUCGGGCAAAGUCCCUCCGGCACCACGUUCAAGCUUCUGGGUCCAAAGCAGGCCGAGACCGGGCGCAGGCUGCUCCUGCAGCAAAUUCUGAACACCCGUUAUGCGCUGCAGUGUGCGCACUGCGAGGAGCGCACGGACCGAUCGGGGAAAGAUCUUCGUGAGCACUUGAAGGAGGCGCACGGAAUCGAGAAUGUCAAACGCGGCGACCUCGGCCGAAAGCUUGACCAGGAUAGCUCUCAAGGGGAGUGGGUUUACCUUGAUACGAUAGAGGCGGCCAUUGUCACCGCAGAGGCCGGUGCGGCAACCGCGGACGGUGCAAGGACAGAGCCCACCGAGGUCGUUUCUGGCACGGACGACGAAUAGGCGGGAAUGUCUCGGGCUUGCGCUUUGAGGGUGUCGAGGUACUAGUUCGUGUUACGAGUCAACGCGCAUAUGCCGUUAACAAGAGCCAGCUGAUCCUUUGUUUGCACAAUUAAAUGCAUUGUCUGCCCCUCC